ACGCGAGAACAGAAAGUGUAGGUGCAAAACGAGAGGCAGAAGAGCUUGUAAACACAUUAUUGGAAAUUUUUGCUGAAGUGAUAACUGUGCCAUCCGGAAAUUUAGCAAUGAGUACAUUAAGAAAUCGAACUCGAACAGGAUACCCAACGAUUUUAUUGAUUGACAUUGAUAACAAAGAUCGAUCAAUAGAACGAAGAGAAUCUUUUGUUGCCAUCGAAGGUGUAUCAAUGUCAACCUUCAAUGAAAGCGAUCCUUUAUACGGAUUAGAUUUAUUAAGACAGGUCUCUGCAGAAAUACUCAAUAAUUCAUUGGAUCAAGUUGUGCCCAUUAGUAAGUGA